UGGUGUUCUUGUCCGCGAGGCCGCACGUGUACAAGGACAUGUCGGAGUCGAAGAGCUAUGCCAAGUUUAAGAAGCUUCAGGACGAGAAGGGUCUGUACACGAGUCCCACGCUACUCGCGGGGAGUAUCGACACCGGGACGACCAUGCUGCUGACGGGGAACAUGGAGCCCGUGGCUGAGAAGAAGUUCCAGAACUUUGCCGAGUAUGUCAGCCUGUACCCGGAGUUCAAGCACGUAUUCCUGGGGGACAACGGGCAGGGAGACGUCAGGGCGGCGGAGAUGAUGGCCAAGUGCUACCCAGGGAAGCUCGAGGUGGUGUACAUGCACAGGGUGGUGCCGGAAGAGAAGACGUUCGGGUACCAGGGUGCGGUUACCCGGGAGGCGUGGAAGAAGGCCAACAUCGUCUUCGUCGGCGACUACGUCGAGGCCGCUUGCCACGCCUACAAGCACGGCCUCAUCCAGGCGGUAGGCUUGCAGCGCGUGUGCCAGGGCGCUGUAGAGCAGUUCGUGGAGAUGAAGUUCGAGAGCCCGCUGAUGCGCGAGCAACAGAGGCGGCAGAUCAACCAGAGCGUCUGGCAGGCAAACAAGCUUCUGCAGGCCGCCGCGCUGGAGCCGAACUGGCUCAUCCGUGCGGAGAGGGCUUUCGACGACAUGGAGACGGUGCUGACGCCCUUCGGCCGCGGGACGGUGGUCAACUUCCGACCCGAAGACGGCGUGUACGAGCCGGUGGUCCUGCUCGACUGGUCCCAGAAAGUCUCCGCGUCCGCGGCGUCCCGCAGCUCAAGCGCCAAGGCCUCCACGGCUCCCGCCACCCCGCUGACGAGCCGCUCCGCCCACGCCGCAAGCCGACCGAACCCCCAGGGUCCAGCCGCGCCGCGCCCGAAAACCCUACCGACCCGUCCCUCGGGUUUCCCGAGGGCCGCGGCGAGGGGAUUGGCGAGACUGGCUUCUUCACCGGCAGCGGCGGCGGCGCCGCCUCUUCCCCCGGCGGCGGUGCCGGUGCCUCCGGCCAUGGGGGCGGAGAUGGCAGCCGGUAGUGCGCAUGCCGGGGUUGGCGGCCCGGGGUCUGAGGGAGAAGCGGCGGCGUCAGCGGCAGGGGACACUGGUGCUAACGAGGAGGACAACCCCGGCCUGCUGCUGCCGCCGUCGCCUCUGAUGAUGCCCGACCGCGGGCCCGACGCGGCCGGCGGUGGCGAGGCCGUGCGAGAUGCUAGGGUCAGGGGGAGGAGCACCGCCGCGGCGGUAACGGCAGGCUCCGGUGCAGCGACGGCCGCCACAGCCGCGAUGGCGGUGAUGCGCGGCGACGGCGGCGGCGCCGAGGAGGCCGCCGGUGGACCGACGGCGGCGGCAGCGGCGGCUGCGGAGGCGGUGGCUUCCAGCCUCCUCGAGCCUUCCUGCGGGGGAGGAACAACGGGACACCAAGGGCCGCCGCCGCCGGCGCAGAACGCCUCCACCGAAGAAGGCGCGGCGGGCGAGGAGAGUCUCGCCGAGCAGGCGGCGAGGGCGGCGGCGGCGGCGGCGCUGACCGAAGCCGCCGCGGAGGCUGUCCAGAGGAACAGCAGCCACGGGCACGAAGGCGGCGCCGACCGCAGUGGCGACGAGCGGGAGGCCGGGGGCAGCGAGAGCUCGCCGCACGCCGGUAUGGUCCGGCCUCGCUCGGCGGGAUCGUCGGUUGGUCGGCCGGGCGGCAGCGACGAUGGUGGCGGGGUUGGCGGCUUCUCGCCGCACGGGAGCGGAGACACGUCCUGGAGACCAACCUCGGGGGCCAGCGGCGGCUCGGGCGAGAACUCGCCUCAGGCUGCUGCCGCCUUUGCAGGAGGACAGCAGCAUGACGAGUCCGUCGCGGCUGCGGCUGCCAAGGUGUUGACGGCCAAGAUGCCGGGGUCGAUGGCGGUCCGCGCUUACCUGCAGCUCUCGUCGCUUAAGAAAGCACCCCCCGAGGUGAAGAAGCCAGCCCACAAGGACGAGGCCGAUGAGCCCAAGUCCGGCAGGCUAUCCACUCGCCUGAGCAUCUUCAGCCGACAGCAGGACGCGGGUUCGUCCGGCAGCAGCCGGCCCGCGGCCAAGGUUGCCAUCACCACGGGAGCCAUGGUUCAGACCUUCUUGGGGCCGGCGAUUGUGAGACACGUCCGUCCAGAAGACGGCAUGUGCGAGGUCGCCUUCCAGAAGUGGGUCCUCGCCGGGAAGCCGGCGUUAGGGUUUCUUCGAGAGGCCGACCUGGUCGCCGAAACCGCGGCCACCGUCGGCAAGUCGCCGUCCCUAUUCGGCCGCACGGGCAAGGCCAUCUCGUCGCUCUUCAAGCUCAGCACCGUGCCGGCCCCCACCCCGCCCGAGCCGCGGGUGGGCGACAUCGUGGACACCAUCUUCGGGCCCGCCGCCGUUACCGCCGUUCGCGGCGGCGAUCCCGCCGCCGGUCUGCCUAAGCUGGAGAAGACGGCGGCGGGAAGGGAAGAGAAGGGGGUUUCUAAUCGUACGGCGGCCGCCACCGCGUCACCGGCAAGAAGAGCGGGCAGAAGCGAUGCACCAAGCCCGGCGGAGGCUGCGAGGUCGUCGACUGCUGUUGUUGGUCCGGCAGACGGCGAUGGGGUUGGUGUGUCCGAAGGAGGUCCGGCCGCCAUCGCGGCCGCCGCCACGGCAUCGUCGGGACAGGAGGCGGCUCCUCCGUCGCCGCCGUCUUCGAGGCCUUUGCUUACACCGCCGCGGUCUCCCCGCAGCCAGGGCUCCACCGCCGCCGACAACCAGCAGCAACAGCAGCAGCAGCAGCAGCAGCAGCAGCCGUGGGCAGCCGCCUCUCCCCGGCCUACCCGGACGUCAUCGCUGCCGGCGACACAGCCGCCACGGGCACCGCCUCCUUCCUCCUCGACCGUAAUAACCGCGAGCGACUUGACGCCCGGCUCGCCGGCGCUCCUGGGCCUCCCGCGGCCCGUCUCUACCCCGCGCCCGACCCCCGCCUACUCCGCCGGCAGACCCCGGGGCGCGAGCAUUUCCGUCCCCGGUCGGGACGACUACCGCCGCCUAUCCUUUUCCAGCGGCGGCGACGCUGGUGCGGAGGAAGGGUUGGGCGAGCUCGGGAGGCAGCUCAGCGGCAGCGCCGCCGGGGAGCUGUUCCCCGGGCAGCUUCUGUCCUCGCCGGCCUCCGUCGCGGACCUGGGCGGGCGCGGGGGCAGGCGGGGGUCGUCAUCCCCGCAGUCCCCGACUAAUGCGGCGGCGGGAGGGGAUGGUUUCGAUGCGCCGUCCCCUGGCGUCGGCAGCGGCGGGGAGAGCACGGACGAGGAGGAAGGAGAAGGCGGCAAUGAUGAUGCAACCUCGCCCCUAGGGAUCCGGAUUCUGGAGAGGAGGGGGGAGAUGGUCAGGGGCAGGAGGGCGUCGGCGGCGUCGCCCACGGACGCGGUUAUGUACGAGGUGGCGUUCAUGAAGUGGCGGCUCACCAACAACACGCCCGCCAGAGCGGUGCUCAACCGCGGCAGCAUCUGGGCGGGGUGGGAAACACGACCAUCCAUGGCCUCCUUCUCCUCGGCGAACGGGAAGUCAAGCCGACGGGACGGUGGCAGCAGGAGGCGACCGCGUUCUUCCCGGCCUUCGUCCUUCUUUGGGUUCAUGUCCAUGGUGGGAGGGUACGCGGGGGGCGGCGGAGGCACUACGAAGAUCCUCGAGACGCCCCCGGGGAGCCCGCAGAAGGUUAGGGCUGCCAAGAGCCCGUCCAAGGCCGUGUCGGUGUCGUUUCACUCGUGCGAUUUCCCGCCCGGCGCGUGCGUCAAGACGAAGGGGUUGGGGCCGGCCCUGGUGACCAAGUUCAGGCCGGAAGACGGGAUCUAUCAGGUUUCUCUAUUAUCAUGGCGUUCGCAGACCGGCCGUCUUGCCUCCGCCUUCCUCAACCGUGCCGCCAUCGCCUCCGGCGUGGCCUUGCCCGACGCCCCCGUCAGGACGUCCAUGGGCCUUGGCAGGGUCAAGUUCGUCCGGGAGGACGGCGUCGUGCUUGUCGUUGCCGGGGAAGAGGGUGGCUCGAAGGAGACUUCUUCCGGGGAUAGCGCCAGAUCUCCGAGCGGGGGAACUACCACGAUGUUCCUGCAGCUCUCCGCUAUCCUCGGUCCCGCGAAGGCCACUCUCGGGGAUAGGGUGGGCACGUCCCUCGGCGUGGGUGUUCUCCGCGCGUACCGUGCUGCGUCGGACACUUAUGUCAUCGACUUAGGAUGGGGGCUGCUCCAUAGCCCGCACGGUAGUGCGCUAAAGGAGCAGAGACGGACGGAGGAGUCGUCGCCCUUGAACGCCAGGUCCUCCGGCGGAAUAAUCAAGUUGUUCAGGUGGCCGCUGUUCGGCAGCGGUCCUUCUUCAUCGGCAGCUCCUUUCCCUCCGCUAGAAAUCUGAGCGUUUCUUUGCUAGGGCGGGACGUACGCCGUCGAAUCUACGUGUAGGAGGGGGGUAGUUGUACGAAGUGUGAGCCUUGUUUUGAAAGACGCGACUCAUGUCGCCAACUCCUAUGUAAUGGUCAAGUUUUUGAGGUUCGUCACGUUUGAGGCAGGCAGUCUGUGUGGACGGCAUGAAGCGUUGUGUUGAAACGAGGCGGGCGGCUCUAAGUUGGAUUGUGUGGGUUUGUUUGUGAUAUUGAUCGGUUGGUUUGUCGUUGUUGAAACUGCCAGUAUUGGGUCAGAGCGGGCCGAUCGUCCAUGUGAUGGGCUGGUUGCCUGCGUAGCUCUGAGUGAACCCGUGACAUGUUUGUGUUCCUCCUCCGGGCGCCUGUACAUAGAGUUAGGAUCGUUCUUGUGUUGCACCGGGUGCGCUUGCCCGGUGGGUGGCGUGUUGUACGACUUGUGAAUGUGGGCAAUGGUAACGGUUAGCUGUCGCACGUUUUGGCAGUCGUGGGGUAGAUUUAGAACUGUAUGUGGUGUGGUGAAGACCGCCAAACCGAAUUCCUUCCGAGCGCGUUGUUUAGAGUGAGCGUAAAGCUCCGCGCAGCUUUUGCCUGAUCAGGAUGGAUGGUAGAAUCCAAAUGUCGAUAGUUUGUUUUGCGUUGGAUCUACUGCUUCUGUAGUGUUAGUUUGGCUUGCGGCUUGCUGUGUCAGACACUGAUUUGCCGAUGAUAUUUGUUGUGUGUAUUUUGGAUGAGCCCUCUUCUUGUGUGCGCGUUCUAGACCACGGAGGUGGCUUGCAAUAGCGGUACGGAGCGAAGUGAACUUGUUCAAGUAAUUGACACAUUCUGGUUGCUUCACCCAUUGAUGCCAAUGCAUGCCCCGCACAACAUAUACUUCAAGG